AUGGGUUUCACGCGAUGGGUUUUCGAGCUCCCAGAUGUGACAUUUGACAUGGUCCCUAAAUGGUCGUACUUGUUUUACUUCAUAUUCUUCUUCGUCAUCACUAAAUCAGCGACGUCGAGCAUCAGCCGAUCAUUAGCGGAACGGCGAAAGGGAUAUGGCAGCGUACCACGUUACCCGCAGUUAAUUCCCAUCAUGGGAUUUGACAUCGCUUUCUCCAUGGCUAAAUCUUUGCGAAACCACACUUUCCUCCUAUGGCUCCGAAUGUUGCAUGACACGAUUCCAGGAAAAGCCAAGACGUUUAGCAUCGACUUCCUUGGUAGGCAUAUGAUCCAUACCAUCGAGCCGGAGAACAUGAAAGCUCUAUCGGCAACCGUCUGGAAGGACUUUGGUGUGGAACCUUUGCGGCGCAGUACGGGGGCAAGUAUGCCCUUUGCAGACAAGGGAGUCAAUACCACGGACGGCCAUGAUUGGGCAUUCAGCAGGUUCUUGAUCAAGCCUUAUUUCCUGCGUGAAGCCUUCUCCAACACCGAUCGUCUAAAGGUGCACACCGAUAAUCUCCUGAGUCUGAUCCCUCAGGACGGUUCUACCUUUGACAUGCAGACCCUGAUGCAACGAUGGUUCCUUGAUACAUCGACCAAUUUCCUUUUUGGCGAGUCCAUGGGCUGUCUCCUGUACCCUGAAAGAGCAGAGAUUGCUUGGGCUAUGACCGAUAUUCUGCGGGGGCUGCGCCUACGCCUGCAAAUGAGCAAAUGGCUUUGGUUGUUCCGGUGGAAGGUCUGGUUCAGUGCGAUUGACGUUGUUCACGAUUUCAUCGACCGCCAAGUUGACAGGGCCUACAGCGAGAGGGCAGACGCUGCAAAGGGUCAGAAGCAAUCCUCAUUUGGGGUCGAGCUGAAGCCCGAAAGGACAGAUCUUCUUUGGUCAAUGGUUGGAAAUGUGCCUGAAGACCGGGAGCGGCUGCGAUCAGAGAUGCUGCUCCUUUUUGUUCCAAACAACGACACAACCUCGAUCUUCAUUAGCAAUGUCUUCUGGAAUCUUGCCCGCUAUCCUGAGGUUUACGCCAAAGUCCGAGAGGAAGUGCUUUCCAUUGGUGAGAACGCACCGCUGACAUAUGAAGCCUUGAGGGCUAUGAAAUACCUCGACGCGGUGCUCAACGAGACCCACCGGCUAUAUCCAAAUGGUAUCAUGCAGGUUCGAUACUGCAUCAAAGACACGACGCUUCCGCUCGGUGGCGGUCCAGACGGCCAAUCGCCCAUCUAUGUUAGGAAAGGCGACGUGGUCCAGGUCAACAAGAACGUCAUGCACCGCGACAAAGACGUGUGGGGCGAAGAUGCAGACGAGUUCAGACCGGAGAGAUGGUUUGGACUGCGUCCAUACUGGAACUUUGUUCCAUUCGGUGGUGGUCCCCGGCGAUGCCCUGCGCAGCUGUUGGUCACGACCGAAGCCAGCUAUGUAGUUGCGCGAUUUUGCCGAAGGUUCAAGGCCAUUGAAAACCGCGAUAGCAAGGGCUACGUUCCGGUCAUGCGAGCGGGCCCGGUCAAUACCAACGGCGUCAAGAUUGCUGUUACGCCCGUCUAG